CGGUGCCUGCGCAUUUCUGCUGCAGCCACAAAGGAGACUAGUUGGGCGAUUGAUAGUCUGCUUUCGUUUUCUUCCCCCGUUGGCAGUAGUGUGCUGGGUUGUUUAAAAACCCGCCAAAAUGACCGAGGACGGAAAGCUGUUCAUUGGCGGCCUAAGUUUCGACACGGAUGAGCAGGCUCUGGAGGCUGUCUUCUCCAAGUAUGGGGAGGUGAUCGACGCUCGAGUCAUCAAAGACAAGACCACCAUGGCGUCCCGAGGCUUCGGCUUCGUUACCUUCGAGAACCCGGACGACGCCAGGGACGCGCUCAAAGCCCUCAACGGCCAUUCACUCGACGGCCGCCAGAUCCGGGUGGAUCACGCUGAGAAGAAGUCGGGUGACGGCGGCUACGGAGGAGGCCGCGGGGCGGGCGGCGGUUACCGCCGCGGUGGCGGCUACGGCGGUUAUGGCGGCGGCGGCGGAGGCGGCUACGGUGGAUACGGCGGUGGAGGAGGAGGCUACGGCUAUGGUAGCGGGAGCUACGCUGGAGGCUCCGGCUACAGGCAGUACAACAGCAGGGGAGGCGGAGGCGGCUCCCGUGGCGGCAGCAGCUACGAUCGAUACGGCUCCAACAGAUAGGAAGGAGCUCGGGGCAGCCAAACACUUUCCAGGCCGGCAUGAUCAAUCAGAGGCCGCUUGCCGUUUCUGAAGGGACUUUUUUUUUUGGGACGAACGCUGUCUAAUCUCUUGAAUUCAAUCUCUCUUCUUCGGGACGCGCUCUAACUUCCCCCUACCCCGCCCACUCGCAUAUUCUGUGUCGCAGUUUAAAAAAAAGGUUUUUCAGUCCAGCUGGGGGUUGUGUUCCGAAACCUCAUUCCUAUUUUUGUUCCGAGUCCCUUUGUUUUCCCCCGUCCACAAGGACUAUCCAUGUAGCACAUCUGUUACUUUUGCAGCUUAAAAAUGAUUUUUUUUUUACGAAACAGGGUAAGUUGCUACUCUGUACAUCACUGCAGCUUUACCUCCGGUUUAGUAUUUUCUCGCUAACGUCUUGGAGAGACUUUGUAUUUUGCUGCUCGGUGGUACUGCCCCCACAUUCCAUUUUGUUCAUUUUAGGUUCAGGUGCCUUUGGUUUUAAAAUGGCGCGUUCACCUUGUGCAGACUCUCGCAAUGUGCUCCAGCACCCCACCCACUACUUUUUUUCUUUUUUUCCCCCCCGUAGCUGGCCUCAGUAAGAUGUCGGGCCGCCAGGGUGCAUGAGCGAGUCGCUCACUGCAUUUUACGUCUAACCUUGGCCCGAUCUUGGAACUGGGAUCGUUUUUUUUGUUUUAAGCUGCCAGUUUCAGUUUGAAGUGGGGAACGCACAUCUGGUCGAGUUUGUUUUUGAAACAGUAAAUUGCGAAAUCAGUACCAAUUUGAAAUUCCUGUCCGUGUAAAAUGUUUAAUACACCAUGCUUUAACCCACCGCAAAAGGUUAACAAUCCGCAUUGAUUCGGGGCGGGGACACUAAUAGCACGGACUCAGUUGUAUUCUUGCCCGACCACUAUGGGUGGAAUUUUACAACCUGAACUGCUUUCUAUAAUAACCUUGAUUGGUGCCAGUUUAGUUUAGGACACCACUGGUGGUUUGGCCUCCACUUAAUUAUCUAGUUAGAAAUCCGCCUACAGUGAGGUAUUAUGCCAACCUCUUCAAAACUACACAACCUCUUUUCUUUGAUCCGAUAUUGAGUUUUUUAAAUCGAAUAUUGGUAGAAAGUUGAAAGCUGUUUCUAUUGAAUCUUCAUGAGUUAGCAUGGACUGUUUUUGUACAAAAAAAACUUGCCGCUUUGGAGACAUGUCAAAUGGAAAAUAAAAUGUUGAAAUAUUCA